GGUGCAAAAAUGCGAACUCAGCUUGUUGGUGUGUUUUUAGCAGUCGUCGGCUUUCUUGGCACCAUCCUCAUCUGUGCACUGCCUGCAUGGAAGGUGACAGCUUUUAUUGGUGCAAACAUCAUCACAGCUCAAGUCUUCUGGGAAGGUUUGUGGAUGAACUGCGUGAUCCAGAGCACAGGACACUCACAGUGUAAAGCCUAUGACUCUAUCCUGGCUUUACAACAGGAGCUGCAGGCUUCUCGAGCUCUGAUCUGUGUCUCCAUCGCUGUCAGUGUGGUGGCGAUCGGGCUCACUGUGGUUGGGGCCCACUGCACCAACUUCUUUCGUGACGACCAGCCGAAAAAAGGUCAGAUCGGCGUGGCUGGAGGUGUGGUGUUCAUAGUGGCGGGACUGCUAUGCAUCAUUCCUGUUAGCUGGUCAGCUCACAGCAUCAUCACUGGUUUCUUCAACCCUUUGGCCACCAAUGAGAGGAGGGGAGAACUUGGAGCUUCCAUAUAUGUGGGAUGGGCGUCUGGAGCUCUGCUCAUCAUUGGAGGAGUGGUCUUGUGUACCACCUACAGAUGCUGA